AUGAAUUGGCAAAAGUAUAUCAAUGAACUUGUUAAAACUGAACACGUUGCUGAGGCAGCCAUUAUAGAAUUAAAAACAGGUGAAGUUUUAGCAUCAACGUCGGGUCUCAAUUUACUUCCGUCUGAAGCAGCAGGAAUCGCCGUUCUUUCUCGAGAUUACAAUCAUGUUUUCGCUCAAGGUGUUCGAGUGGCGGGCAUCACCUAUAUGGGACUCAAAGCAGAUGCAACGAGUAUUUAUGGAAAGAGAGGGACGACUGGGGUGACAAUAGCCAAGUCGAAUCAUGUCGUCGUGGUUGGGACUUAUACUGACGGUAUGAAACCGGAGAGUAGCGAAAAGGCAAUUGAGCAAUUGGCCGCUCAAUUAAUCCAAAGUGGACACUGA